AUGUAUGAACAGGAUACGUGUUUUAGCGCUGCAAACACCCCGCUUUUUUCUCAGCUUUUUGGAUCAUCGUAUGGCCCAGGGCGGAGGUCCUGUGAGAAGGAGUCAUUUAUUUUUCCGGAGACAUGUGACGGUCCCUUUGACGGUGUUUGUCACGGUGAGACUGCACCACCGCUUCUUUCAAACAUGAGAGCCUCGGAGGCCGUCGUGACUUCUGGCGGAGACGCGGUCACUGACGAGCCCCACGCCGCCCCCACCGUGAAUGACGCUGCUUUCGUGGAGGAGGAUGAGCCCCGCACACCCGGCAGACCGAAAGUGCCGUUUCGUCAGGUGAUGCGGGAAAUUGAGCGGCGGUUUCAAGAACAAAUGGAGGUGCACCGUGGCCUUCGCGCGUCGAUGCGGCAACUGGACCUGCUCCGCGAAGAGAUUUCACUUUUUCAGACAGAACGACGUACAGCAGGUCUCGCAUCGGCAUUAUAUCAACAGUCGAUGCUAUUCAUGGAGUCUGUUGGGGCUAACGUUACGUUAGCAGCACCGACACCACAGCAACCGGCCAAAAGCAACUCUGCUUCCAUUGCCAGCCCACUACUGGAGAAAGUGCUGAAGUCAUACACGGAGGAGUGCUCCAAUAAAAAAGCACUUCGAGUUGAGGAAACUGUACCACCCAAAUCAAAAAUGAUGAGAGGAACAAUUUCAGUAGAUGUGGUUCGUCCGACAGAGGAACCGCGGCCCUACAAGCGUGUAUAUUACGUUCCCCUAGUAAAACCCCUGGAAAGCGCACGUGGCGAUGCCUCCUUAAGUGCCUCAGUCAUCUCAAGUUUGGCAAAUGCCGUCUAUUCUACCGUGUCAUAUACGGAAGAUUUUGAAAGCAGAGGUGGUGUUUCAACAGACUUACCCGUCGCCAACAUUUCCAAUAGCUCCAGCGUAGCAACGAGCAGCAUGUCCAUUAAAAACGACUCUAGUAUGAAGAACUCUUCUUCCCAAAGUGUCAAUGUGUCGACAUCGAUGGCUGAAUCUUCUUUGAUUGAAGAAGUAAAUAGUGACAUGCGUGGUCCAAUCGGGGACGAUAUAUCUCUAUUGAGCACACUGCAAGAGUUCUACAACGCAUGUGGCUCUGCUAAUCGCCUCAUGCAGGCACUUCUCGGCCCGGAUGGAGAUAUGCGGCAACUACGAAUAAAAAAUGAAGAUGAGGCCACGUUGGAAAUGAAUUCUUUCACGAAGCCCAAGGACGACGAUGAGCGUCGUGUAUGGUUGUCGAGCUUGCGACGUGAUAUAGGCGACGUCCGGAAACUUCGUCGCUUUAUUGACCAAAUGAAACGGAACAUGAGGUUUCUUGACUGUCAGCGCAAGGCGCAGGAAGCAAAGCAAAAACUUCUUGCCAAGGCACAGCGCAUUGCAAAGGCCCACCAGCGAAUGCGUCAUGACAAGAGUACGCUAUCGGACGUCAUGAAUGACAUCAUCGAUCUCAUGGAGAACGAAGCAGGGCGAAGCAGUGAUAGAGAUAUGGUGGAUGAAGUCUCUACGGCUGCAGCACUCAGCCGAAGUAGUAUUGUUGACGAUAUGGUGGAAGACAAUGUCGUAGGCAUCGCAAACGGUUCUGACCUCAUGGGUAAUGAGGUAUUUGACGAGCUGGAUGAUCAGGGAACAUGGAGCGGUGGUAAACCCGACGACGAUGAAGUGAGUAUUCCUCAAGAGGUGGUUGGUGAAUUGAGUUGGGCGACGGCGGAAAGUGAUUAUGCGAAUGCUCUGGUUGGGGCAAUUAACGUUGUUGACAUGGUAGAGGACGACGUUCCACUACCAAGUGAUGAGGGAGAGACAAGAGAAGUUGACGAGGAAAUUCCACGGGCCUCAUUGGAGGGCUCGAGCAGUGUGACGGAAGCUGUUGAUGAUGUUGCGGGGUCUUUUCUUGAUGUUUCUACCAAGGAGCAGCAAAGAAUUAGUUUGGCUUCGAAAUCUUACGAUGAUGUUGUGACCGAUUCCCCCUUCUCGGGUAUUUCCAAUUCGGAGGAUGCGGAUGUAUCAUCUGUGGUGCCAGCCUCUUCUGCCAGCUCAUUCAGUGAUUCGGUGAGUAAACAGAAAAAGGAUGAUUAUGAUAAUGAUGAAACGGAUUCCGCCGAAAGCGCCCUUGAUGCGUUGGAGCGUGACAUGCAGGAGACGGAGCCACGCCGAGUGAGGGCGCUAUUGUCAGUUUAUCCACCUCUCUUUACUCCACUAUACGCCACCGAUGAGAUGGACACAAUGGCACCUGGCAGUUGUCAAGAGGUGCCAGCGCAAACGCCAAAGUGCGAAAAUGCGGUUGCUGAGCAGCCCGUCGUGCAUCCAACAGAGUGUGAGAUGACGAGCGCGUAUGCGGUGUCGCCCCUUGGUGAUGAGACUUUGGAAGCAGCGAUACAAGUGCCGCCCACCAAUGUGCAUUCUUCAUAUGCCGCCGAUGAUCUUUUGGCUCAGUUGGAGUGGAAGGAGCGUCAGUUGGCCCUGUUUCGGCAGUUAAGGCCAAAGACUGCAUGGGAACAGGAGAGGGAAAAGGAAGGGAUUGAGGAGAAAACAACAAUGGCCACUCAAGCACCGACAGCUGUAGAUGAGAAGGCAGACUACCACUGGGGUGUUCUAGAGACUCUCCUGCAGUGCCGGUUUACUUGUGCCGAAAAUGAACCCCUUGAUGAUGAUGAUGAUGAUGUUAUGUUGGAUGAAAAUGCCAAUGAGAGUAGCUGGACCGAUGCCUAUAAUGGCAAUUUUGUCCAAACCAACUCUGAUGCGGAACUCUCAGCGGAUGUAGAAUAUUCUUCACAGGCUGUCUGA